AUGCAGUCACUGCGCGAUCUGAUCGUCGAUCCGCGGGAGCCGGCGCGGCGGAGACAGUCCCCAAACUAUCCGCAACGGAUGCCCUCGCGACGAAGUGACCCUUUUCGAGUUUUCUUUCCGUUCAUUCGACGAGCAUCUGACAGCGAUGACGUGUGGAAGAAUGACGAAUAUCGGCCGCGAGGUCGGGGACGGUCGCCUCGGCCGGUCACUAUGGCACGGGAUGUACCGCCCAUCAAACGUGAACACCGGAGCGUUCCAAGGAGACGGCCUCUAAAUUCAAAAGUCAGGGUGGUCACCCCACCACCAGAGCCUCUAUAUAAGGAGGAACCACUGCGACCACGGCCCGGAAGGUCACCUGCUUCGCCUUCUCUCUCACCCCGGGAUCCAGGUACCUUCCGUCGUCCAGUCAUUAUUCAUCAGGAGCCAAAGCCACGACCAAGCCCAAUGCCUUCUCCAGGCUCAUCUGGCUAUCGAUUCAGGAAUCCAUGGCACAGUAGAUCCCCAUCUCCAGGCCCCUCCAACUGGCGUCGCAAGGAGCCACGGCCAAGUCCAUCAGUAUCCCCAGGACAAGCAAAACCUCAGGAGUCACAGCCGCAACCAUCUCCAGAAGGUGCACCAAGUACUAAUGCUCCAGCAGCACCUGUCACCCCUCCCAAAAAGAAAGAGCGACGCCCCAGGGAGCGUUCCCCAUCUGUCGAGCGUGUCCCAAUUCGCAAAACACGUUCCACCCCAACCGUUCCGGUGGAGGUGCACAACCCCCCAGCUCCAGACAGCGGCCCCAAACCAGUUACAACGUCAAACACCACAUCUCCAGGGAGUGGACCCCGCCAUGUGCAGUUUUCUGACAUAGUGGAUCAUCUCUCUAUAUCCGGAGAGAGCAAUGCUCCCUCGUCUCCUACCGGCCCUCCGCGCUUCUAUAGACAAUUUGCCAGCGCAGGUCGCCGUAGGUCCCCAACUCCGGGGCCUACACCCAGAGUAAGAGAAGGACGAGGUGAUUCAAGCUCCCAAAGAACCCGAUAUGUGUAUGCGUCUCCUGCUGCGAGUCGUUCAUAUCCCCCGGGCGUUGAGGUGCUGAUUGUGACUCCGCGCAGGUACCGACCAGGAGGAAUCACGCCGCUAGUGAACCGGGAAGCCGUUGACAUUCACGAAGUUGAACCCGGGAGAAGCAGUUCAUGGUCUGGACGGGCUGCUAGGGUGGGUUUAGAGGGGAGCGGUUGGCGGGUGGAGCGUCGGCCCAGACGUGGGAUGGGGAGGGAGGAGCUGGGAACAGGCGCGAGGCCGAGGAUCGUAUCACUUUCACCGCCGAGAGGGCGAUGGAGACCCAGAAUGCGCCAGACUGAGCGGUAUGGGGGGUUCGAGUCGGGCGAUGAACGGGUGGUUAGGAAUGAGGGCGGUUCGGGGCGUGUCUGGAGGUGGCUGUAA